GCUUUCACAUUCCAGUGACCGCUGGCAUUAUUUUUGUUCUUGACUUGGGAGUCCAUCCUCAACACAGGUCCUGUCUUCCACUUUGCUAGGCUGAACUUUAGUUGGAUGUCUCUCUUCCUCUCAUUCUUCCACAUACAAGAUUGAACUUCUGUAAUACUGAAUCUUGCUGCUGUUUAUCCAAAGUGUGAAUUGAAUUAGGAGAAUUCCAAAAUGUCUUUACCAUUCUACCAGAGGCAUCAUCAGCAUUUCGACCGAGCUUAUCGUCACAAAGAGCUAGAAUCCACACUAAGUCAAUACCAGAAAGAAGAAAAGCGCCAAUCUGCCAUUUAUACACAUGGUUCUGCUGCCUACAGUCACAAAGGAGCAUCAGCCUACCGUCAUGAGUCAGCUUUUUCUGAUGAAAAGUCUACAGCAGCCAGCCAAGAAUUAAUGGAAAGCCUUGCCCACAAAUCUGCAGGUCACAGUAAACGAUCUGCAGUUUAUAGUCUAGAAUCUGAUUUGGUCAGUAAGAAAGCUGAAGCACAUCGUCUUGGAUCUGAAUUGGUCAAUAAGAAAGCUGAAGCGUAUCGUCUUGGAUAUGAUCCAUACAGUUACGGAAGUCUGGUAGAAGAUCAUACUCUAAAGUUGAGUCCUAAAGCAAAGAGAGCAAAGAAAAGUGUAUUGUCAGAAGAAAAAGAAAACACAUCUGUUGUUGACUAUGUGGUACCUGUGUUCACCGGAAGAGAAAACUAUGUCAGUGGAAUUACAGAUACAGAAGAAGAAAGAAUUAAGGAAAGUGCUGCUUAUAUUGCCAGAAGGAACCUUUUUGCAUCUGGGGAAGGGAUUACUGCAACCAAAAAGAAAAUUUCCUCUUCUGUAGAAGAAGAAAAACAUGAGAAAAAAUCAAGAAAAGUAGCAAUACGGGAGACAGCUGAAAAAAUGGCUUUAAAGAAAACGUUAACAGAGACACAAGAAUUCCACAGAAAGUUAAAUGAAGAUAGUCUGUUACAUGCCCCUGAAUUCGUUAUCAAACCUCGUUCACAUACUGUCUGGGAAAAACAGAAUGUCAGGUUGCACUGCACUGUGAGAGGCUGGCCAGUACCUCGUGUAACAUGGUAUAAAAACAAUGUUCCCAUCAAUAUCCAUACUCAUCCUGGCAAGUACGCAAUUGAAAAUCGUUAUGGGAUGCACUCUCUGGACAUUAACAAAUGUGAUUUUGAAGACACUGCUCAAUAUCGUGCUUCUGCCAUGAAUGUCAAAGGAGAACUUUCGGCUUAUGCUUCUGUAGUAGUAAAAAGAUAUAAGAAAGGAGAGUUUGAUGAAAGUUUUUUCCAUGCUGGAGCUGUCACACUACCCCUAAGCUUUGGUGUUAGUCCAUAUGGCUAUGCUUCCAGGUUUGAGAUUCAUUUUGUGGAUGCAUUUGACGUUUCUUUUGGAAGAGAAGGUGAAACAAUGAGUCUGGGCUGCACAGUUAUCAUCCACCCUGACAUUAAGCGCUUCCACCCAGAAAUCCAGUGGUACAGGAAUGGAGUUUUGAUUUCUCCAUCAAAAUGGGUUCAGAUGCAUUGGAGUGGAGAAAGAGCCUCAUUGACCCUAACUCAUGCUAAUAAAGAAGAUGAAGGCCUUUAUACCCUUCGUGUGACAAUGGGAGACUAUUAUGAGGAAUACAGUGCUUACGUUUUUGUUCGAGAUGCUGAAGCUGAUAUACCAGGAGUCCCUGGUUCUCCCUUAGAUGUGAAGUGUUUGGAUGCUAACAAAGAUUAUGUCAUCAUCUCUUGGAAACAACCAGCUAUUGAUGGUGGACAUCCCAUUUUAGGAUAUUUCAUAGAUAAAUGUGAAGUUGGUACCACGCACUGGUCACAAUGCAAUGAAACACCAGUGAAGUUUGCUCGCUUCCCUGUCACAGGAUUAAUUGAAGGGCGCUCCUAUAUAUUCCGUGUUCGGGCUGUGAAUAAUGCUGGAAUAAGCAUUCCGUCCCGCAUCUCAGAACCUGUGGCAGCAUUAGAUCCUGCUGAUAGGGCUAGACUUAAAAGUCAUCCUUCUGCCCCCUGGACUGGACAGAUUAUUGUCACUGAGGAGGAACCUUCAGAGGGUAUUGUUCCUGGACCACCAUUAGACCUCCGUGUUACAGAGGCGACAAAGAACUAUAUUGUACUUAGCUGGAAACCUCCAUACGAACGAGGUCAUGAAGGUGUCAUGUACUUUGUUGAAAAGUGUGUUGCAGGAACAGAAAAUUGGCAAAGAGUGAAUACUGAGAUCCCAGUAAAGUCUCCUCGCUUCGCACUUUUUGACUUAGCUGAAGGGAAAUCCUACCAAUUCCGUGUUCGCUGUUGUAAUUCAGCUGGAAUUGGGGAACCCUCAGAGGCCACUGAAGCCACUGUGGUUGGUGACAAACUUGAUAUUCCUAGUCCCCCAAGCCACAUUAUACCUACCAGAAAUACAGAUACGUCAGUAGUUGUUGCUUGGACAGAAUCCAAAGAUGCAAAAGAAUUGGUGGGAUACUACAUAGAAGCAAGUAAAGUAGGGUCUGGUCACUGGGAGCCAUGCAACAAUAAUCCCGUGAAAGGCACAAGAUUCACUUGUCAUGGACUUACUACUGGAAGUAACUAUAUUUUCCGUGUCAGAGCUGUUAACGCAGCUGGAUUAAGUGGGUAUUCACAGGAAUCAGAAGCUAUUGAAGUCAAGGCAGCUAUUGGGGGAGGAUUGCUUCAUGGUGUAUGUCCUGGACUAAGUGGUAAAGCUGAUGGACUAACAGGCCGCACUGUCAACUGGGAAGGCAUGCAUGAGUCCUCCCAGCCUGUCUUUGACACAGAUGCUUUGUUAAAUUACAAUGCUAAACCCAUUAGGCAAACAGUGCCCAGUAGCUCUGGUAAGCAGAGGAGUCCGUCAGACAGUAAAGUGAGUGACACAGUUCCUACUCCUUCAUCACAAAAGGCAACUACCAAGCAUGCACGUAAGUCUGUUCCUGGGGAUCGUUCAACACUGGAGAAAACUCAAAAGAAAAAUGACAUAGCACCUCCAUCUCCACCAUAUGACAUCACAGUGCUUGAAAGUGUUCGUGACUCAAUGGUUCUUGGAUGGAAACAGCCAAAAGUGAUUGGUGGAGCUGAAAUUACUGGCUAUUAUGUGAAUUACAGGGAAGUGAUUGGUGGAGUACCUGGGGAAUGGAAGGAAGCUAACAUUAAAGCCAUUAGUGAAAGGGCAUAUAGGAUAAAUGAUUUGAAGGAGAACAUGACAUACCAGUUUCAAGUGGCUGCUACUAACAUAGCUGGGCUUGGCAUACCUUCUCCUGCCACCCAACCCUUUAAAUGCGAAGAAUGGACCAUUGCUGUUCCAGGACCACCCUAUGAUUUGUCAUGUAAUGAAGUUAGGAAAGACUCUUUGGUUUUAUUAUGGAAACCACCAAUUUAUGUUGGCCGAAGUCCUGUAACUGGUUUUUAUGUUGAUGUGAAGCCAACGAAGGAAUCAGAUGAUCAUUGGAAGAGUGUGAAUGAAAAACCUAUUACAAACAAAUUCUUAAAGAUAAGUGGCCUCAAAGAAGGCACCAGUUAUGUGUUCCGUGUACGAGCAGCAAAUAAAGCUGGUGUUGGGAAACCAUCAGAUCCUACUGACCCUGUAAUAGCAGAAACCCGGCCAGGGACAAAAGAAGUUGUGGCUGAUGUUGAUGACAAUGGAGUCAUUUCACUGAAUUUUGAAUGUGAUCAGAGGGCACCAGACUCUCAGUUCAUUUGGUCCAAGAAUUAUGAACCAAUUGAUGAUGACUCUCGAUUAGCCAUUGACACCAAAGGUGGAAAGUCAAAAGCUAUCUUUAAAGAUCUCAAUGAAAAAGAUUUAGGUAUAUAUUCCUGUGCUGUAACUGACACAGAUGGUGUCUCAUCGAGCUAUACAAUGGAUGAGGAAGAAAUGAAGCGUCUGCUUUCACUCAGUCAGGAACACAAGUUUCCUGUUGUUCCUCUUAAAUCUGAAUUGGCAGUUGAAACUCUGGAAAAGGGACAGGUGCGAUUCUGGCUGCAAGCUGAGAAAUUGUCUAGCAAUGCCAAAGUCAACUUUAUAUUUAAUGAUAAGGAAAUUUUCAAUGGAGAGAAAUACAAGAUGAAGAUUGAUCAUAAUUCUGGUAUGAUUGAAAUGUUUAUGGAUAAACUUGGCGAUGUGGAUGAAGGUACUUACACCUUUCAAAUUCAGGAUGGAAAAGCAACCAGUCAAUCCAGUUUGGUUUUAAUUGGUGAUG